AACCUAACCAAGUCAAUUUUCCAGCUUGAACCAAAACACACUGCGAGCGUACGGUUGACGGUCAUAUUAUCUUUAAACACGUUGUUAUAUUUGUCAAUUUUAGGAGUCUAAUGCAAUUUAUCUAUUUAUUUGUUUGGGUAUAAUGGUGUGUAAUGCCUUGUGUUACUCAUGCGAGUGUUUAUUCACCACAAACAGCCAGAUUAGUUUAUUGUACAUCACCUGCAAGCUCGAGGUUGCUUCACUUGAACACACGUUCAGUUUUUGGGUAAAUUUCUAAAACAACAAACGCUGUUGGUUGAUUUUGGGGAAGACAUUUUAACAUGCACGGUUGACUGCAUGUUUAGCAGCUUUGUGUUUGUUAAUUGAGUCAUUUCAGUUUAGUUUGAAUGUGAUUUAAAACCCUGAAAAUGAAAUCCUCUCUGGUCCAGCCAGUUGUCAUUCUCUGCUGUUUUUUUUCCUUUUCAGAUUAUUAAGACAAUCUGGAGUCGCACAGUUUUAGUUGCAUAUCUGGCAUCUGGUUCAUAACUCACACGCUCAUCUGUCACUGUGAUCUGAAUCUGACAUACUUGUGUUCAGACAGCAGGUCGAUCUGUCUCCAUCGUCUCAGGGCUGACAAUCAGACAUCACCCACAGUCUGACGCCCAUCAGAAUAAUGUCUUUAUUAUCAACCCUUAGAUGGUUUUUAGCUCUAAAACACUUUGUAACUUGGAAAUCCACACUGUACGUGCAAAGCUAAAAGUGUUAGCAAAUAGGCUAACCCGUCAUUUUUUGAACUUUUCCUCUAACCAAGCAAUAACAAGCAGAAGAUGUGGCAUGAAGUCGCCUCGGCUAACUGACCACAUAAAUGCGAGGAAUCAGAAAAUUCAGAAUUCAGCCAAAGACAUCACACUCAGGGUGGGACAUCGGACCACGCUUCACCAAUUCAUUAGACAACAGCUAACGCUAGUAUAUAACAGCAUUCUAGCAAAUGUUACUGUUUCAUACGAUAGACCACAAUUAGGAAAAGUGAACAUUAAGUCCGAAUUAUCACCGCACAUCUAUUUUGACACCUUUGUUUAAACCUAAAUCAAAUCAAAAUCGAACAUUAAUGUUUACUGGAUGCUAACAUCAGCUACCAAGUUAUCAAAAAUGAAAUACGGACAAAUGUGCCUCCAGAUUUCCAAUAUCCAUCAUCUUUUCAGUUGCUGGUCAGUUAAGAAGCAGUUUGAGAGUUUGUCAGAAUAACUAACUUUAUACAUCUUUGCUGACACGAGGGUGACGUUGGAGGAAAAUGGCCGUCGUGUGAAUAAGGUCUUUUAUUUCACAAAUUACGAGACAGAAAUGGUUCCUUCACUUUUUCAGAGGGAAUUGAGCACUAAGGACCUUCUAGCAGCAUAUUAGAGAAUACUUAAAGAUACAUGUGCUCAGGAAAUCAUGAAGUUGAUCUCAUGCAAAUCAUUGUAAGGCACUCUGAGAUCAAAAACAACUUGAGGACAAAGUGGUUUAAGCCACCGAGAACAGAGAACUCUUUAUUUUCCUGUGUUGAAAUACUUCCCAUCCAUCGGGUUUAUUGUGCCAGCUUUUGUGCAACCACCCCCAGGUUACACAGAAACACACAAUCACAACCAGAUGUCGUCUUGAAUUUCCCAGAAUCCAGCUGCUGCUCUGGGACCAGUUUGGCUCUCAUUAUGUGUUGAGCAUCUUAUUGAUAUGUGGCCUUGCCAGUGGCUCCAAAUCAGCCCUUUGUUUGUUGAAACUCCAUUCGUGGAGGGCCACUCCACCUCCUCGGCAGGGCAGAGACACACUGGUCUCAAACCUCCACAAGCAUUUUUGUCAAUCAGCACAGGGCAGCUGUUUUGAGAUUCCUGCACAACAUGAAGAAUUUCAUCUUCUUGGUUUUUGGUUUGCUGCCGUUUCCUCAGCAGACACAGAGCAGGACUGAUUGCAGACCAAUGACGGCCAUCUUUUGUCAAGGUUUGGGAUACACCACCACCCCCAAUCCAACUGGAGCUAUCGGCUACAACCUGCAGCAGACUGGUCAGAUGGUGGAGACCGCCUGUUCUCCACACGUUGCCACGGUCUUGUGUCGUGUCGUUGUGCCUGAAUGCGGCUCGGAUGACGACAGCCACUUGAAGCCGUGUCGAGCGCUCUGUCAGAAGGUCAAGACGGACUGUGAAUCUGCCUUCAAAGCGAAGCGGCUGUACUGGCCCACGAGGCUCCGAUGUGAAAGUUUACCAGAGUCCAACUGCAUCCAGGGUCCAGUCACUCCUGUUCAACCCCAGAUCAAUCACUCCCCUUCCCUCCCCGUGUCAACUUGUCAGCCAAUCACUGUCCCACUCUGCAAAAACCUGGCAUACACUGAAACCGCCAUGCCCAACGUCCUCGGACACACGCUUCAAGCCGACGCCAACUUGCAGAUACAAACGUUUGCACCACUUAUACAAGUGGGGUGCUCCCCUCAUCUGACGCAGUUCUUGUGCUCCGUCUACACUCCUGAGUGUGUAGAGGGAAGACCUCAACCUCCCUGCAGGAUGCUCUGUGAGACCGUGAAGUCCAGCUGUGAGCCGGUGCUGAACAGGCAUGAAUUACUAUGGCCGGAAGCCCUCAAGUGUGAAGCAUUUACCACAGAGUCCUGCAAAGACAUACCUGCCCUGCCUGUCCCACAGUUCAGUUUUGUAACAAAACCUCCUGCAACAUGUGAGCUGAUCACAAUCCCUCUCUGCCAAGACCUGCCCUACAUUGACACAGCCAUGCCCAAUAUUCUCGGCCACAAAUCUCAGGAGGACGCAGGGCUGGAGGUCCAUCAGUUUGCACCACUUAUAAAAGUGGGGUGCUCCUCUCACCUGAAGCCCUUCCUGUGCUCCGUCUACACUCCUGAGUGCACGUCAGGAAAACUGCGUCCACCCUGCAGGACGCUCUGUGAACAGGCUCGCGCCGGCUGCGAGACGCUGAUGAACAAGUUCGGCUUCCCGUGGCCCAACGCACUCAGCUGCGAUAAGUUUAGCACCGAGUCCUGCGAACACUACGGCGUGAGCAGCAGCGGGGGGAUCUGCGAGCCCAUCACCAUCCCGGUGUGCCAGGGUCUCCCCUACAACCAGACCAUCAUGCCAAACCUCCUGGGACACGCCAAUCAAAGAGAGGCGGUGGUGAAGAUGUCCUUCUUCAACUCCAUCGUGCAAGCCGUGUGCUCGGUGGACAUCCGCCUCUUCGUGUGCAUGGUGUACGCCCCCCGCUGUGUGGCCGGGGAAGUGCAGCGGCCCUGCAAGUCCUUCUGCCAGAGAGCCAAAACGGGCUGCGAGGAACUGACGAACAGAUUUGGCGUUUCGUGGCCGAACGAGCUGCUCUGUGACUCGUUCCCAGACGAGAACUGUAUAUCAGAAGAAAGCAGACUCGAGAUGCUGAGUGCUGAAGGUGUUCGCGCUAAGCUUGAUGCCGGUGGUUUCUCUGUUCGUGGCAAAUCCCUGAGCCUCAGGACAGCCCGCCUGCUGCUGACUCUGAUGGACGCUGACGGUUCUGGAGACCUGGACGUGGUCGAGGUCUUCAAGCUGGAGCACUACGUGGCCGUCGUCAGGAGGGAGUACGUGGAGAGCUACGAGAGGAGGAACCCACCGGCCGUCACUCAGAACCAGAUGAAGAAGAUUCUGUCCGCCCGUGGAUUCGAUUUAGACGAUAAGACCUUCAGAACUCUGUGGCAGGACUAUCAGUCGACAGGCGGGAUCGACUACGAUGAGUUUGUGGCGGUUCUGACCAAACUUCAGAUCCUCAGAGAUCGUUUCCAGGCUCAUCUGAUGAGCGUGCCGUGUGACUGUGAGGUCGCCAGCUUCUCCUUCAAGCAGUUCAUGAAAUCAACGAUAAUCUGAGGAUCAGAGGAGCUGAGCUGACGGGAGGAGGAAUUAAAACUUGUAAUCACAGAGCUGCAAUGAUCAUCAUAAUUAAUAAUCCUUCAUUAUCACAGUGCAGAAACAUUUUAACACUGAAAGUAAGCUGCUGUGAGUCCAAGCUAUUUCUUUCUGUCAGUUUUUAAGAUGCAGAGUUUCUUAAGUUGUGUUUUCAGAUCGCAGAUGAAGUUUUAAUUACAUAAAAAUACUCUGCUGCUGUAAUCAUGAAGCUUUCUCUACGUUAUUUUAUGUCUUUGGUAAAAAAAAAAAAAAGUGAUGAAAUAAAUGUGAACACUGUGUUGGAUUUAAAUAAAGACAACCAGAUGA